GAAACAGGAUUCUCGGGUUAUAUGUCUAGGGCUCAAGUGUUGGCGUUUUGUUCUUCUGUCUAUCGUGUGCAUUAUUUUUUCAAGUGAGAAUGGGAUACCUUUGCAAGCUCUGAUGGUUCGUCGCUAUGGAAACAGGCAGGUUCUCUUUGACUGAAAAUCUUUCUGGGCUGUUGAUUCAUCUUCUGGCAUCAAGUUCUUGGCUUUUGUCUUGUUCAACUCUUGUUUUACUUGCCAUGUUUUCCUCCAUACAGCUGCAUCUCUUCGGGACUCGAUCUCGCUUUCGGAAUGCUCUUUUCCUGUUGUUGGUCUUUCAUCCCUUUCUUUGGGCAUCCUUGUUCAGCGCCGUUACCUCUUGCUUCUUUUCAACCGUUCCUCCCCCAUCGGGGUCAAUUUCUGUCUCUGUUCGGUCCCAUUAGGCGGUAUUGGUUGGCGUUUACAUGUAUUGUACACAUAAUUCAUAACAAUUCCCAAAGAAAGCUGACAUCACACAACGCAAUUUCAAU